AUGGCGCCUGACUCUGACGAUACGGUGCGUGCCCAUAAAAAACAUGGCUGCGCUCGCUCCGGCGGAGCCGGCGUAGGGGGCGGGCGCGCGGCGCUGGGUCUCUGCGCAGGCGGCUCCUUCCCCGCAGACAUGGCGGCGAGCGCGGCGGCGAGACGGGGCUGGCGCAGGCUGGGAGGCCUGGAGCUCGCGCCGCUCCUCAGGGGGCUCCACAGCAGGUGCUGCCCCCACGGCUGCCCGACCCCCAGACCUGGGGGGCACAUGUGCCUUGGGGGAGCUGGCAGAGGUUGCCAAGAGCUGGGACUGGCGAGCUGGGACUCGCUCCUACACGCCGUGGGGCUGAUACCAGAACCUGCUGGAGUUCCUGCACACGACCUGGGCUGCCCUGGUGGGAGGCCAUCGUGCGGCACGGUGGCGGCGCGCUGUCUGGUGUUCCCGCUUAUCGUGAAGGGGCAGCGGGAGGCCGCCAAGCUGAACAACCACCUGCCCGAGAUCACCCGGCUCACGCAGCGCAUGCAGGACGCCAAGCGCUCCGGCAACAAGUUUGAAUUCUCCAAGUCGUACUCAGAACUGAAUCUGUACCAGAAAGCCCAUGACGUCAACCCCAUACGGGGGUUCCUGGUGCCGCUGGUCCAGGCCCCCAUCUUUAUCUCGUUUUUCAUCGCCCUGCGGGAGAUGGCCGCCCUGCCCGUGCCCAGCAUGCAGAGUGGCGGCUUGGCGUGGUUCGUGGAUCUGACGGCGGCCGACCCCCUCUACGUCCUGCCCCUCGUCGUCACCAGCACCAUGUGGCUUAUCCUGGAGCUGGGGGCGGAGUCCGGGGUGGACAACCCCAACCUUAAGGUUAUGAAGACAGUUUUCCGGGUGAUGCCGCUCGUGAUCCUGCCGCUGACCAUCAGCUUCCCCACGGCCAUCUUCACCUACUGGCUGACGUCCAACCUGUUCUCCCUGGCGCAGGUCGGGCUGCUGCGGGUCCCGGCCGUCCGCACCCGGCUCCGCAUCCCUGACCGCGUCCAGCACGACCCGGCCAUGCUGCCCCCGCAGCAGGGCUUCUUCCAGAGCCUGCGGGCCGGCUGGAAGGACGCCCAGCUGGCCCAGCAGCUGCAGGAGCGCGAGCGGCGGGUCAAGAACCACCUGGCCCUGGCCGCGAAAGGACCCCUGCGCCAGACCUUCUCCCACAACCCCUUGCAGCAGAAGGAUGGCGGGGCUGGCGGCCCUGGCUCCAGCCCCCGCCCGAAGAGGCCCUGGCAGGACACACUGGGCUAAGACCCGGCACCAGGACCCCGGAACUGCCAACAGGGGGCACCCAAGGCCCCCACCCGGACUCUGCUCAGGGUGGUGUCUGAGCCAAUAAAGGACCCG